UUUAUGUUUUUAUGCUUUUAAUAAGCUGUUAGAGUAAACAGGAGUCGUUUAUAUAAAGCAAGUAUAUGUUUGUGUUGAAUUUAUAGCUCUCUAUUUACUGCAAUUUGCACUGCUGCUACUGCACUAAUAAUACAACUCCACUGCUGCGCAGACAUGAAGAACAACAGCAGCGGCUCUUAUUUUCACUUAGCCCUUUUUACAGAUAUGGGUAGUUUAAAAUAUCUUUACUUCAGCCUUUGUCUUCUCAUCUACCUGAUUAUUACCUGUGCUAAUGUUGUCAUUAUCCUGACUGUGGUUCUGGAGCGGUCCCUUCAUCAACCCAUGUAUGUUUUCAUCUGCUGCCUGUCUUUAAACUCCCUGCGUGGCUCAGCUGGCUUCUUCCCCAGGUUUUUAGCUGAUCUUCUGUCUGACACUCACUUCAUAUCCCGCUCCUCUUGCUUCAUCCAAGUGUUUGUUUUGUACACUUACGCUACUUGUGAAAUGGCCAUUCUCAGCAUCAUGGCCUAUGAUAGGUUUGUGGCUAUCUGCCAGCCUUUACACUACGGCAGCAGAAUGACAUUCAGGAUGGUGCUGAAUCUCAUUGUCCUGGCCGAACUCUAUCCCUCCUUCAUAUGCAUCUGCUGCCUUUCCCUAACAGUCCGACUUCCUCUGUGUGGGAUCAAGCUACAGAGGUUUUUCUGCACCAACUGGCCUCUGGUGCAGCUGUCCUGUGUGGACACUAGUGUGAAUAACAUAGCAGGUCUGUUAGCAACCGUAGCAACCAUCUUCAUCCCCCUGUUGUUUGUUCUCUACACCUACCUGCGUAUUCUGCUCGUGUCCAGGAGGAGCUUGCAUGAGCAGAAGGGGAAAGUGCUGCAGACCUGCAUGCCCCACAUCGUGACGUGUGUCAACUAUUCAGUUUCCCUUGCCGGUGAGAUUUUACUGAAUCGGUUAAGAGAGGACCAAAUUAAUCCGUUAAUCAAUGUUUUUCUGUCUUUGGGGUUUUUAACCAUCCCCCCCAUCGUUAACCCUCUGGUUUAUGGACUGAAGCUGCCUCAGAUCAGGGUGGUGGUCUUUAGGUAUUUUCAUAGGGCUCUUAAGAGGUCAAGCAAAGCAGACAUGUUAUUUACAUGGUAUGUACAAUAGACACAUUGUUUACACUCCUGAUCAAAAUGAUACACCUUAAUAAAUAGUUUUCUCAGAUUUUUGCUUUUAAAGGCUUCUUAAAUUUUACGGAACAGUUGAUUGAAAGCCUAUUUAUUAAAAUGGUUAGCUUUGUUG